AAAAAUUCGACCGUUGGAAGAUGCAUCCGCCCGUCCACCCUAACGUUAUACUUGACAAGUCUUAACACUCCUCCUCCGCCCCCAUUAUCGUCAAACUACCCACCCCCCAAAAUUCAUCACUCUCCAUCGGACACACACAAAACUCUUCUCCGAUUUUACUUCCUCAACUUCUCCCCGGCUUCCCUUCCCCCAACGUCUCGCUCAAUUUCCUCAUCCCCCACUUACUAUGGCUGCCGCGGCGACUGAGGAUCCCACCGGCGCGGCCGAAGGAGGCACUGCCGCCGUUUCUUCAGUGAUCGACGAGAUAUACGAGUUCUCCGCUCCCAGGUUCUUCGAUUUCACUAAAGCGGAGUCCAAGGAAGAUAUGAGGAAGGCGGAGCUCUGGUUCGACACUGCUCUCAGUCACGCCCCUUCUCCUUUUAUGCCAAGAAUUAGGACUGGCAGAUCACUCAAAGUUGACAGCCUGUGUGAUUUUACUGAAGCUGACCAAAUCCCCAAGGCAUCAGAAUCCUCAGAGUCAACUGCUUCUGAGAGAAAAGACAAGCAAUCAGCUGAAACAAGGGAAGCAGCAGCAAACAAGGAAAACAAUGGCUGCCAGGUGAAUGUGGUAAUGAAAGUUUGAAUGUGGUAAGUUGUUGAAAGGGCGUGGUGUAGAAGAUCAAAUGAUAAUGUGGACACCAUAUUUAUUAUGUUCUAAUACACUCGUUUCCGACACCUUUCAGUUACCUGCUGGCAAUGAUACUUGCAAGGGCGUUGUGGAGAAGGCUAUUCUCUUCUUUGAGCAGAAAGAGAAAGCAAAUAUUCACAAGCAAGAACAUGCAAGAAUUACUUCCAUGAAAGUUGAAUCUGCUGAAGUUAAAGAUCAAACCAGAACCGAGGCCUGCAGCACGCCUCAGCCAUCAUUGCAUUCACAGAAGGGAGGUGCAUUGACGGACUCCAAGAAGCAUCAAUCAGCCAGGCACAUAGCUAGUUUGGUUAAGAAUCCAUCAGUGCUAAAAUCCAAGAGUCAAGCACAAUCCUCCCAGGUCAAAGGUGUCAAACCACAGUCAAGCCUGAAAAAUAAUAAUACAAACAAUCCUGCUGGAGCUUUCUCCUUCGCACAUGAGAACCAGGCCAUCAAACGGCAGAAGCUUGAAGAUGGGAAAUCCAGACAGAUUCUUAAUGUUAGACCCCCACAACCAUUACCCCACAAGUCCAAGCUGGGUCUUUCAACUAGCAAUGCAAACGGUGUAGCUAACAGAACGCAGAAAGAGGAGAGAAAGGUUUACGUUCGGGAAACAGCUGUGCAAGCUCCUUUUGUCUCGACGGCAGAAAUGAUGAGGAAGUUCCAAACCAGUACUAGGGAGGGGAAACCUAAGCUCACGCUUACAAGGCCCAAGGAGCCGGCUUUUGAAACGGCUCAGAGGGUCCGUCCAGUCAGAGUUAAGAGUAGUGCGGAGCUUGAAGAAGAGAUGUUGGCCAAAAUUCCAAAAUUCAAAGCUAGACCAGUAAACAAGAAGAUUCUGGAAGCUUCAACUCUGCCAAUAAUACCAAGAAGUACACCACAGGCACCUGAGUUUCAGGAGUUCCAUCUUGAGACAGCAGUUAGGGCUACUCACAAUGCAGAAUCAGCGUCAGUAGCCUCAACAGAAGUUUCUCGUCGGAACAAUGAAUGGAAGCCUCAUUGCACCGAACCUAAAACUCCAUUGCUUCAGACCUCUUUGAGAGCUCGUCCAGUAAAGGUUAAAAGUACUCUUGAACUUGAGAAAGAGGCUCUCGAGAAGAUUCCUAAGUUCAAGGCAAAGCCUUUGAACAAAAAGAUAUUUGAAAGUAAAGGAGAACUUGGGAUCUUCUGUAAUACCAAGAAGCAGGUCACGGUACCUAAAGAAUUCCACUUUGCCAUAGAUGAGAGAAUUCCACCUCCCACUGUUUUUGCUGACAUGUUUGAUAAGCUUUCCUUGAACUCGGAAUCUCAGGACAAUCAUCUGCUUCCUAGAAACACAGCACCAAACCCGUUCCAUUUGCACACGGAGGAAAGAGGGGCAGAAAAAGAAAGGAGGCUUGCCAUGGAACUGGAGAGGAAAAAAAUGGAGGACGAACUUGCUAGGGUCCCGAAGGCAACUCCGUAUCCUUACACAACGGAUUAUCCAGUGGUUCCGCCAAAACCAAACCCCAAGCCAUCCACAAGACCUGAACCAUUUCAAUUGGAGAGCCUUGUGAGACAUGAAGAAGAAAUGCAGAAGGAAAUGGAGGACAGACUGAGGAAGGAGAAGGAAGAAGCCCAGAUGAGGAUAUUCAAAGCACAGCCAGUUCUCAAAGAGGAUCCCAUUCCAGUACCAGAGAAGGUGCGGAUACCUCUUACAGAGGUUCAACAAAUCCAUCUUCAUGUGGAUCACCGAGCAGUAGACAGGAAAGAAUUUGAUCAGAAGGUGAAGCAAAAGGAAAUGAUGUAUAAGCGAUAUAGAGAGGAAAGUGAAGCUGCAAAGAUGAUUGAGGAAGAGAAGGCAUUGAAGCAGCUGAGGAGAACAAUGGUACCUCAUGCUAGACCAGUCCCAAACUUCGAGCACCCCUUCUGCCCCCAGAAGUAAGAAGCAGAAAAAGAAAUGAGACCAGCUGACUCUACUCUGAUCUUAGUACGUGCAUUCAUGGUCGGUUGAUUGAUUCAUUUGGUGCGUUCUAUAUUUACAGAUCUUGCAAAGUAGCAACGAAGCCAAAGUCGCCGAAAUUGCGAGUGCUUCACAGGAGAGAACAGCAAAAGAGGAGGAGCAGCUUCAUGAGGGCUGCAGCAGCAGCUUCUAGCCCUGCUUCAUGCAUGCGGUGAUUGAUGGGUAGACUUGUAACUUCCUCUGUUCAAGAUCUCUUGAACCGGCCAAGCCAGCCGCCGCCUGUUCAAAAUUCUUUCUUGUGUUGUACACAAUUGUAGAUCUGUUAUGAAAGUAAAAAAAGCAAAUCAUGUGAUGAUUUUAAUUUCUGGUUCUGUUCUAAUUUACAGAGGUAUUUUCUGGGAUGACACAUUUGUCGUAACUAGGAAAAAAUAUGUCCCUAGUUUUACACCUCGGAGCUGAAUUCUGAUACUCAAAACACCGGAUCGGAAGAACAUCAUGUGUCAGCUUUAGAAUAUUGAUCUAGUCAAACAUGAGUGAAAAAUAGUUAAUGAUCGAGCAAUCCAAUCAGCUCUCACGUUUCUGGA